AUAACCAAAAAAAAAAAAAAAAAAAAAACCUUCCCCUUCAAGCCAUGGCCAUUUCUAGAGUUCAGCUGGCUUCAAUACUCAUUUUUCUAGCCAUCGUGAAUCUCGUGGAGUCAAAUACAAUUGUAAACGUAACCAGGACCGUGGUGAAGGAAACAGAUUCUGACUAUUUCCCUCUAUACAUUGAUUGUCCUUCUGAAUGCAACCGGAGAUGCCGGUUAUCGUCAAGGCCGAAUCUGUGUAAUAGAGCCUGUGGAACCUGCUGUCAACGGUGUCAUUGUGUGCCUUCGGGUACCUACGGUCACUAUGAAGAGUGUCCAUGCUACGCAAAUAUGACUACCCACGGUGGAAGACACAAAUGCCCUUAAUUAGUUACAUUCAUAUGUUCUAUCUUUUCCUUCUCAAUAAAGUGAAAUUGAAUAUGAA